AUGAACAAUCAAAAACCAAAACAUCCAGCAAAAUUAGGUAGUCAUAAAGGUUCAUCUACAAAUUUAACUAGACCUAAUUUAAAUCGUUCCAAAUCAACUGAUGGUUUAAUUAGAAGAAAUAAUAGUGCAUUAAAAAGGAAUGGUCGAUCAUUCACAAAAAUUAAUGGAUUACAACCUUUAACUAAAACUUUAUCAAAUCCUUCAAUUAAAUGUGGCGGUACCAUUGGGUUGAAAACAAGUGCAAAAAAGGGUAAAGCAAUUUUAAGUUUAAAUGACGAUGAUGGAGAUUUUGAAGAUGUAAAUGAACCAGCAGAUAAAGUUAAAGGUCCAGUUCCUGAAAGAUUUGAUCAAACAAGUAUAUCAUCAAAUUCAAAUAGAGAACCAGAAGUACCCAGUUUAUAUAAUAAUUUAGAUGUACCGACUCCAUUUGAAGAAAAUAAGAAAUUAGAAGUAGUUGAAGAACAUACAAAUACAGAACCUGCAAGACCAGAUUUGAUUUCAACAAAGAGUUCUGAUGAUGAUUUUUCAAGCAAUUUAUAUGGUGGAUCUUUAUUAUUAUCACAAAGUACCGGUUUAAUUAAAAAAAUCGAAAAAGAUUAUGGACCUGAAGAAAUAAAAUAUUCAGAUUCAAUUAGUGGAAUUUCUUUUAAAGCUAAUCCAAUUGAAAACAUAGCUAAACCAAUAACAACAAACAAGAAUGUGGUUAAAGACAACUCAUACGAGGUAAACAAAACUAUCUACCUGAAUUUACAAAGAAGUUUUAAUAAAAAUGAAAGUAAAAAUUCAACUCCAUUAAAUAAUCCUAAUAAUUUUUCAGAUUUUUUGAAACCUAAUCAUUCAUCAUCAUCAGAUUUAAAUAAUAAUUUGGAAACUAGAACUCAACAAAGAUUAUGGUUACAAAGAGAAAGUUCAUUGAUGGAUGUUACCAACCUAGAGAAUAAAUCAAAUUUCUCAAAUUUGUCACUAAAUAAUCUAAUGUUCUCACAUAGCUACUCCAACCACAACCUAAGCUCAUUAAACUCAACUACAAAUAAUGAUGGUCAUCCUUCCAAUAAUAAUAUGUUGAUGCAUAUGGUGUCAACCCAGAAUUCAAUACAAUCAAGAACCGAAUUUGAAAGGUUAAAUCGAGAAUAUCUAAAUGUCAGAAGGCAUACCAAUCCAAUAGGUGAGAGUCUUAAUAGAGUUGAUCAAUAUUUACAUAAAGAUGAAUUAAGAAUUGUUAAAACCAAGAAAACUGAAACUGAAAAUUUGAAUUCAUUUAAAGAAUUUUCACCAUCAGCAAUCAAUAAAAUAUGGCAAGAUGCAGUAAUAGCAACAUCAUCAAAAUCCAAUCAUGGGCAACGUGCAUUUCAACGACCAGCUACUUCCUUCAAUAAUACACAAGUUAGUUAA